AUGUCCUUUGUCCCAGUGAAUCCCAAACCAUUUUUGCAGGAGCUCAUUGGAAAGCCCGCGCUCGUUCGUUUAAAAUGGGGUCAGGAAUACCAGGGAAUACUCCAAUCUGUGGAUAGUUACAUGAACCUUCAGCUCUUGAAUGCUGCAGAAUGGGUUAAUGGUGAAAAAACCGGUGAUUUGGGCGAAAUCUUUAUCCGUUGUAAUAACGUUCUUUGGAUCAGUGAAAAAGUGCUUGAGGAAUCCGAAACAAAAGAGUAA